GAAAUUUUAUAGUCUCUGUAUUUUUGUCUGAAGAAGCGGCAAUGAAGGAACAUAACAGGAGUAAUAAUAAUGGCGAAAAUGUUCAUUUUCAUGUUCUGAAAGUGCGAGGCAAAGUGGGGAAAGGAAGCAACAAGCGAAAUAACACUACAACUCAAACCCCCGUUUACACAAUCCACAAGAGCGAAUUUCGAAACACAGUGCAGAUGCUCACGGGAUCUCAGUCUCCGUCAAAUAACGUCAACCAGACCAGCAAACAAAUUCUCAAUGAACCCUCAAGGCUCCGUCAAAUCAGGCCCCCGCCUCUUUUUGGCCCCAACCCUUUUGCCCGGGAUUCGAACCCGGGACCUCUGCCGCCGACAAAUGGAAAUUCUUUGACGCCAAUUUCGAUGCAGUUUCCUUUCCCGUCGGCGAUCGACUCUUUCUGGGCCAAUCUGGCUGUGAAUUCACGUCAACAGACGCAAAAUCUUUCGGCUGCUCAGGCCCCGUCAAUGUGGGGCGAUAAUGUUCUGUCAUUAGACAGAAGCUCAGUCCCCUCUUUUCCGUCACCUGGUUCGCGCUGUUUGCCGUCGCCGUCGUUUCUGUCGCCACUUCCGUCACCUUCGGGACUUCCUAAAGAUUUUUACUCUCUUUCGCCGAGUUCCUACCCCCACGGUCACAUGUAAAACCUGUAUAACGCUUUUAUACACUGCUAUAUUUUGUAGUAAUUACGUGAGGGUUUAAUUGCGCCUUUACACGCCUUUGUUUCUGUAAGGGUUAACAAUGUCGAUCUGGGCUAAUGGCCGUCAUGGACCAUCUGAAAAUUUCAUUUCAGUUGGCGAGGAUAAUACUAUGGUAUGGUUUUUAUUA